UUUUUCUUUUUUAUGGAUAGGGAUGGUCUAUGCAUCUCAUUGUUCGAAAGCAAACGAUGAGACAAUCUCAAUCAUCCAAAUUGAAUCUAAUGGUUCUUGUUAACUCAUUUCGCUGAAUCAUCUUAUCUAAAUAAAUGAUUCAAAUUUUUGAGUCCUUAAGCUAGACAACAAAGUCCAAAGAAGAUUCACCUUUUCUAUCUACUCAUUCUUCUUUUGACGUCUCCCCACAGCCGCUUUAUUCACUGGCAUCUCCAAAAGCACUUCCAGCUUUUUCUCCUGCCAACUCUCACCUACAUACACAUCCAAUCCAUCAAACUUCAUCACAAUCAAACACUAAAACCAUACAUUUUUCACGGUACCAAAGUUUAAUUACUUCUUGGUUAAAUGGUGGGCUUUGAUUAUGAUGAGCUUGUAAACGCAACAGGAAGCUUCUCUCCGACUCGGCUCGUCGGUAAAGGUAGCCAUGGAAUGGUCUACAAAGCCAUGCUACUCAACAAAAUGGUUGCCCUAAAGAAGCCAUUGCAACAUCGUGAUAACCACUCCAAGCUCGAAAACGAAAUAUGUGUGUUAUCCUCUCUACCCAAAAACCAGCAUGUCAUAAGCCUUCUUGGAACGAGCCAAGAUCACUCGAACAACAACAAGCUCAUUGUCAUGGAGUUCAUGCCCAAUGGCUCUCUCCAUGACCUACUUCAUCUUGCACCUAAACCGCCACCGUGGCCUAAACGUCUAGAAAUCUUCAUCCAAGUCGCCCGCGCUGUCCAAUUUCUUCACGAAGGGAAGCCUACGGUGAUCCACAGGGACAUCAAGUCUGAAAAUAUUUUGUUCGAUUCAGAUUGGAAUGCCAAGUUGGCGGAUUUUGGACUUGCCGUGCUCUUUGACUCGCCGAGUCAGGUGAGUCCACCCGCUGCAGGUACUAUUGGAUACAUGGACCCUUGUUACACCACUCCUAGCAAACUAAGUACCAAGAACGAUGUGUUUAGUUUUGGUGUUGUGUUGCUUGAGAUUAUUAGCUGCAGGAAAGUCAUCGAUGUUUCUAAGUCACCAGCUUCGAUAGUGGAUUGGGCAGUAGCAUUGAUCGAAGAAGAACGAAUUGACGAGAUUUGUGAUGCAAGGAUAGGGCUUCCGAUGGACAUGUCAAGCACAAUAAGGCACAUUUUAUACGUUGCAGCGAGUUGUGUAUCGUCCAACGUAGACAAUCGUCCGACGAUCGGAGAGAUUGUUACGGAGAUGGAAAACUGUGUUAUCGAACGAGUUAGGCUACCGAUUUGGAUUAGUACGUUGAGGAACUUGGUGAGGAGGAAGAAAAAAGAUAUAGCUAAAAAAUGGCAGCAGGAAAAAUGUGCAACAGUACUAGAACAAAGUGAUGAUGGUGUUCUUGGUGAUCAUGGGAAGCUGUUGCUAUGGCAGGUUCUGGCUGAUGCUGGAUCGGAAUAGGAGGAAAGAUUCUUAAAGCUUGUUAUGGUAUAAUGGAAUGAGUCGACUCGCCACGACUCGGUUGAGUAAGCAACUCGGGCGGGUCAGUUGGAAGCAGCCUGCGGGCCUUUGCCUUUCCAUGUAACUGUGCGUGUGUGUGUGUGUACGUAUAUAUUAUAUAUUAGGUUUUUAGAAAAACCUACCGGGCAUGCAGUCCAAAUAGAAGAUUCCCAAAUAUUAGGUGGGCAGAGAAUAUCACGACGUUCGUGUCUAUGUGCGUGUCAUUCCAGGCUGAUGGCACUGCUAGCUCUUCUUUUAUUUUUAUCCAUUCUUUUCAAAUAAUGAGUACAAACUAAUAUAUAUGUUGAUAAUUAUA